GACCCCGUCAUAAUUUUCCCAUAGGCCGCCCCAGCAGGUGCCGAGCACGCAGACAGAGGAAUAAUACUUCCGCCAGCAAUUCCUCUCUUCUCAUAGCUCCGGCGGUUGACUCACAAUCUUCAGUCUAUCCUCUCAACUCUCCCCUCCUUCCUUUUUAUUCUUCCUGCUUGUCCUGUCCUUCCGUGCGGCGACAUACGUGGACCCGGGAACUGCGCUCUUCUGCUCCUCAGCUCGACUCCGGUUGCGACCAGUAUUCCCCUAGCGUUUCCUGUACAGCGCCGGCUGCGCCGUGAGCUAUAGCAGCUCGAAUGGCGUCUCCCGACAAGGUCCCGGGUGAAGAAUAUGACUAUGAAGCUCUCCCCGCACACUAUGGCUUGGGUCACAACAUGUUAGCUGGCGCUUUCGCCGGUAUUGCAGAACACUCUGUGAUGUACCCGGUUGAUUUGCUCAAGACCCGGAUGCAGAUUAUCAACCCCGGAGGCGCGAAUCUGUACACAGGCUUGACGAAUGCCGUGUCGACCAUCUACCGCAUCGAAGGCUGGCGCACCCUGUGGAAGGGUGUCUCGAGUGUGAUUGUUGGUGCUGGCCCGGCUCAUGCCGUUUAUUUCGGCACGUACGAACUUGUCAAGGAAUUUGCGGGUGGAAAUGUUGAUGACGGACAUCACCCGAUGGCAGCAGCCCUGAGCGGAGCUUCUGCGACCAUCGCCAGUGAUGCGCUCAUGAAUCCUUUUGACGUCAUCAAACAGCGCAUGCAGGUUCAUGGAUCCCAACACAAGACCAUUAUGCAGUGCGCAAAGUCGGUCUAUCGCGCUGAAGGCCUCCAGGCCUUCUAUGUCUCCUACCCUACGACACUCUGUAUGACGAUUCCUUUCACGGCUACUCAGUUCGUAGCGUACGAAUCUAUCUCGAAGUUCAUGAAUCCCAAGAAGGAGUACGACCCGUUUACCCACUGCAUUGCGGGUGGUCUGGCUGGUGCUUUCGCAGCAGGAAUUACUACGCCUCUUGACGUUGUCAAGACUCUCCUUCAGACUCGUGGUCUCGCGCAGGAUCAGGAGAUCCGUUCGGCCAAAGGCUUGCUCAAUGCAGCCUCUAUAAUCAAGCGACAGUAUGGUUGGAAGGGCUUCCUGCGCGGAAUGCGUCCUCGUAUUAUCUCGACUAUGCCCAGCACUGCCAUUUGCUGGACUUCCUACGAGAUGGCGAAGGCAUACUUCAAGAAGCAGUUUGCUGACAGCUGAGAGAGCUUCUCCAUAUGCUUUCUUGUCACGUCCUCCUCCUACGAACCAUCUUUUCUUGGUCUUGGAAUACCUCAUUCUAAUGAUAAAGGCCUGAAACUUCCAUGUCUCAGGUGCAUGGUACACGAGAUGUUUUCUCUCUAGAUUUUCUUCUGGGUCCAUGGCGUCAUGAUGGUUUUUUUUCGUGUUUUCACACUCUGGCGUGAUCGUUUUGAGAUACCCGGUCACUAAUGAUCGUGGAAGCCUGACAGGGCCGUCGAAGCAGGAAUCAUCCCUGGCUUGUCUCAUUUACUUCGCUUCUGGCUCUGUAUACUUUUGAAAUAUUUUGGGGGCGGGUUUCGUUUCAGCUUUAGAUUCCAAGGAUCGUGUUGAGCGUCAUCCGUCUCCGGGGGCCUUCUGCGGAGCGUCUGUCGAUUCUGAUAUCGGCGUU